CAGGCAGCCUCUCUUCCUUCUGGCAGAGCGUCCAGCCACUGCCUGCUCCUCCCCGGUCCAGGGCGCCUCUGGCAGGCGUGUCCCUCCCUCCCUCCCUCUCUCCUUCCCUCCCUCUGGUGGCCGCAGCCUCCUCCCCUCUCCUGCUCGCGUCCCCUUUCACCCCGUCCCUGCCCUGGAGUCUGCAAACAUGAGGGUCUUGGCCUGCCUUAUCGCGGCUCUGAUGGGAAUCCAGGCUGUUGAGCGGCUGCGUCUGGCUGACGGCCCCCACGGUUGCGCUGGCCGCCUGGAGGUGUGGCACGGCGGGCGCUGGGGGACGGUGUGUGACGAUGGAUGGGACCUGCGGGACGCGGCCGUGGCCUGCCGGGAGCUGGGCUGCGGGGGUGCGCUGGCUGCCCCCGGAGGCGCCUUCUUUGGGGAGGGCACGGGGCCCGUGUGGCUGAGCGAGCUGGCCUGCCGGGGCAGUGAGGGGCAGCUGGGGCUCUGCCCCCACCGUGGCUGGAAGGCCCACAUUUGCUCCCACGAGGAGGACGCAGGCGUCGUCUGUGCAGGUCAGCGUGUGGCUAACUCCAGGGACGGGGACGAUCCACCUCCCAUCCUGGAGAGAGACCCCUGGCCAGGGCUGUCUGAGGAGCUGAACCCUGGCUCUGAGGAGCCUCCCGUGACCCAUGCCCCCCGCCCAGCUGGGACCCCACAGAACAACUCCAGGAAGAAGAGCCCGCGGCCACUCAAGCAACCCAAAUCCACCAGGGCCCCUGUGCUGACUGCUGGAGCCCCCCGACAUGAGCGGCUGCGCCUUGUCUCAGGCCCCCACGGGUGCUCCGGCCGCCUGGAGGUGUGGCACAGCGGGCGCUGGGGGACGGUGUGUGAUGACGCCUGGGACCUGCGGGAUGCCACGGUGGCCUGCCGGGAGCUGGGCUGUGGGGGUGCGCUGGCUGCCCCCGGAGGCGCCUUCUUUGGGGAAGGGGCUGGACCCAUCCUCCUGGACGACCUUCGGUGUCGGGGUAACGAGACGGCCCUGCGAUUCUGCCCAGCACGGCCCUGGGGCCAGCAUGACUGUCACCACCGGGAGGACGCCGGGGCCGUGUGUGAUGGCAUGCCUCUUGGAUAUGUCCCUCCCACGGCCCCGGCCCCAGCAGUGGACAGCAACCGCUCUUUGCCCAGGGAGGUAGCGUCCAGGCCCCCGGCCCCCACAGGGAGCCAGGCCCCAGGCACAGCAGGGAUCUCACCUCCUCCUGCCUCCCCUACUGUCCCUCGGGAGCCCGGACCAGAAGCUGGGUCCCCCCAGCUGCGCCUGGUGGCAGGACCCAGCAGGUGUGCUGGCCGGCUGGAGGUGUGGCACAACGGGCGCUGGGGGACGGUGUGUGAUGACAGCUGGGACCUACGGGAUUCAGCCGUGGUCUGCCGGGAGCUGGGCUGCGGUAGAGCUCGGCAGCAGGACCCUGCGGCUGGCCGCUUCGGCUGGGGGGCUGGCCCCAUCUGGCUGGAUGACGUGGGGUGCUUGGGGACCGAGGCCUCACUCUCGGACUGCCCCGCUGCGCCCUGGGGGAAGCACAACUGUGCUCACAAUGAAGACGUUGGAGUCACCUGCACUGAUACCUCUGGCCUGGACUCCAUCUCAGACCCCUUCAGCUGGAGCUGGAUCCCUGGCCUGGGUAGAGAUCCGGAUGCCUGGCUCCCUGGGGAGCCGGCCACCAAGCCCCCUGCAAAGCUGACCCCCAGUCUUCCUGAGAAAACCACUACCAAGGCCCCAGGGAAAACACCCAAGAGUACUAAGAAGUGGGUGACCAAAAAUGCAAGGAGACCAACCACUCAGCCCCCCGUGGUGCCAACCACUAAACACUCCAGGGUCAUGGGCACCCAGAGACCCCCUGAACUCACCUCACGGACCACUACAACCCUGACCACUGAGGCCUCCCGAAGAACAGUUUCCGAGUCUACUGCCAAGAUGACCACUGAGGUUCCCCACAGGAUGACCUCACAUACUACUGCAACACGGACUCCCCGGGUCCCCCGAGAACGGACUGCUAAGACCGUGGCAACAUCAACCACUCAAAGUCCCCGAGAAAUGACCUCUGACGCCAUGGUGAAGCGAACCCCUCUGGUCUCCACGGAGCCAUCUGCUGAGACCCCAGCACAAGGUUCUCCAGAGUCUUCCAAAGAUCCAGCCCCCUCCCCCACUGGGAGCACCGCUGGGGGAUCAGCAGGCCCGUUCCGGGUGCGUCUGGCCGAUGGGCCCAACCGGUGUGCUGGCCGGCUGGAAGUGUGGCAUGCUGGGCGCUGGGGGACAGUGUGCGAUGACAGCUGGGACCUGCGGGACAGUACCGUGGCCUGCUGGGAGCUGGGCUGUGGAAGGGUCCGACCCCGUGUGGGCAAAACCCACUACGGCCCCGGGACCGGUCCCAUCUGGCUGGAUGACGUGGGCUGCAAGGGAAUCGAGGCCUCGCUGAGUGACUGCCCUGCUGGGGCGUGGGGCCAGCACAACUGUGACCACGAGGAAGACGUGGGGCUCACCUGCACUGGCUAUGCGGAUGAGGAUGAUUAUCCCCCCUGGACCUGGGAUCCCACCUCGGGAGAGGACCUGGCCAAGGGGAUCACCACUGCAGGGGUACCUGGACACACGCUCUCCUGGGCCAUCACCAAGAGCCCAGGGACCCCCUCCCCGGCGACAAGGAGUCUUCCAAACACAGGUGAUGAGGAUAGUUAUGAGCCUUCCCGGACGUUGGAUACACCUUCAGGAGGGGCUCUGCCCAAGGGGACACCCACCGCAGGCAGAGCUGGAUCCACUCUUACAGCUGGUACCACCCGGAGCGCAGGCCAUCCCUCUCCAGCUCCAAGGAUCCGUGGAGACACAGGGUCCCUGAGGAAACCGUGGCCGGAGCGUAGGCUACAGCAUACCACAACCGCCGGAACAGCGCCCCCUGCUCCUUCCCCAGCUCCCACGGCUUCGCCAGAGCCCUCUGGCCCACUAGUGACCUCCAAUUCUGUGCCAGAGCACAUUUCCGAGGCAGCUUCUACACAGGAGGUGACCUCUGACCCUGCUGACACUUUGACACCCAGCCCAGAUCUGGCCUCCGGGAUGAACUCUGACCUCACCUUGACAACCCCUGGCCUCACUCUGUCCACCCCUGACGCUGCUGUGAUUCCAGCACUGACACCUGAUCUCUCACCCACCCCGCCACCCACCCUGCCCAAAGAACUGACCUCUGACCCCUCUGCACCAGUAGUGGUGACCCACUUUUUUUCUACCUCAGAGUUGACUCCAGAAUCUGACACAACCCCAAACUUGGACACUGCCUCAUACUCCAACACAGUUCCAGAUCAUUCCAGAUCCCCAGACCCCUCCACAAGCCCCCACCCCACUAGCACCCCUCACUCCACUUUGACCUCUCACCCCUCCAUGACCUCUCAACCCAUGACCACCCCUCACUCCACAACGACCCCACAACCCACCACAACCCUUCAGCCCACCACAACCCCUCAGCCCACCACAACCCCUCAGCCCACUACAACCCCUCAGCCCACCACAGCUCCUCAGCCCACCACAGCCCUUUACCUCACCACAACCCCUCAACCCACCAUGACCCCUCAGUCCACGACACUCCCUCAGUCCACUGCCGCUCAACCCACCACAACCCCUCACCCUAUCACAACCCCUUACCCUGCCACAACCCCUCACCCCACCAUGACCCUUAAUUCUACCACCUCUACUCACCCCACCAUGAUGGCUGACCCUACCUCAACCCCUAUGAUCACUAUCAAGUCCGUUCUAACUUCCUUGGGCACAGAACUCCUCUCACCCACUCGAGCACCAACAGUCAAGCCUAGCCUAUACCCCUGGUUGACCUCCACAGGGUCCUCUCAUCUCUCUAUAUCCCAGAUGGCAAGCCUAGCGCCUCUUCCAGCCUCAGAGUCCAGCCACUCCAGGCCUUCUCCAGCUUCAAGCAUGGACAUACUGUCCACUGAGGACUUUGAACCACCAAGAAGCCAGAGCCCCAAACCAAGCCCACCACCCUCCCAGACCCCACACUCAGCCUCUGACCCCAUUGUGACCUCUGACCUCCACCUGUCUUCCAUGGCCCACCCCUUGGAUCAACCUCUCCCUGACCAUCUCACCCCAAGGCCAACCCCUGGUCAGAGCCCAGACCCCUUUGGCCCAUGUGUGGCUCCACCACCACCUGUAAGGGUCAUGGCUUGUGAGCCACCUGCCCUGAUAGAGCUGGUGGCUGCUGUGAGGGACGUGGGUGGCCAGCUACAGAGGCUGACCCAGGUCCUGGAGCAGGAGCAGCAGCAGCGCCAAGCCCUGGGACUGGGGCUGACGCAGUUGGUGGAGGCCACCCGGAACCUAGGGCAGCUGGGUGAGGUGGUAAAAAGACUGGCUGAGGGGGCCUGGCCCCCCAGCACAUCUGCACCAACCACCACCACCCCAGAGGAGGAAGAAAGGCCUCUGAGGGGAGACGUGUGACCCUAUAUGGGAUUUGAGAGGCUGAGACAAACCCAACAAAAAAUGAAAACCAAAGUACCUAAUUAAAAACAAGAUAUCAACGACAUUUGUGGGGACCUAGGGGAACUCCAGAGAGAUGGAAUCACAAGACUGGUCUUGAUUUGUGAAUCCCUCAGGCACCAUGCAAGGCAAUGAUGUUUAUGGGGAUGGUUUUGGUGAUAAUGGGUGAUGACCACAAUGGUCAUUGUGUUACAGUAGUGAGAAGGAUGAUGGUGAUGACGGUAAUGACCGUGGUGACAAUGAUGGUGAUGGAAGUGACGUUGGCCGUGAUCAGGGCGGUGAUGAUGAUGAAGGUGAUCGUGAGCAUGGCACGAUUGUGGUGAUCAUAGUGAUGAAGAUGAUGCCACCACUGGCACGGACAAAGCCCCGUGACGGCGGAAAUCUUUGUCCUGCUCUUAGAGCAGAGCCUGACGCAGAGUGCACACUCCUUAAAUAUCUUU